UUUGAAUUUAGUACUACACAAACACAAACACUGUCUCUCUUCGAACACUGUGCCAAAACCCUCCCAAACCCAUACACACAAGCGAUGGAGGACAAACAACAAGAACAAGCAGGUCCAUCUUCUCUCAUCGACAAUACCAAACAACAAAUCACUGAGAAACCCUCUCAUAAUGUCAGUGAAGACGAAGAAGACGAAGAAGAACUCGCUGAUCAUAUUAAAAACGGUCCAUUUGUUCCUGGUCCUCUUCUUUCUCUCAAGGAACAGAUCGAAAAGGACAAGGAGGAUGAAAGCUUGAGGAGGUGGAAGGAGAAGCUGUUAGGUUGCUUGGAAAGUGAUUUAGAUGGUCAAUUGGAUCCUGAAGUGAAAUUUCACUCCAUUGGAAUUCUGUCUGAGGAUUUUGGUGAAAUUGUUACUCCUUUACCAGUGGAAGAUAAUCAGAACGGUCGGACGCUGUUCACUCUAAGAGAGGGCUCUCGUUAUCAGCUUAAGCUACAGUUUAGUGUUAUGCAUAACCUUGUUUCUGGCUUGACUUACUCCAACACUGUGUGGAAAGGAGGGCUUCAAGUUGAUCAGAGCAAAGGAAUGCUGGGUACUUUUGCUCCCCAAAAGGAGCCAUAUGUAUAUGCUUUGAAAGAGGACACAACUCCCUCCGGUGCACUUGCAAGAGGUGUUUACUCAGCAAAACUUAAGUUUGAAGAUGACGACAAAAGGUGUCAUAUGGAACUCAAAUAUUUGUUCGAGAUUAAGAAAAGCGGCUGACACAUUAUUUUUUAUGCAUGAUUCUAUCUUUUUGAGUGAAGUUCUUGAUUCUAUUUUGAACAUAUUUAUUGAUGAUGUUACUUUGUUUAUUAAUACACAAAAGAGGGUUCUAUUGUGUGAUGGUUUAUUGUAAGAACUAGAAAAUGACUAUAUUGAACAUUUGCACAUUUUUAA